AUGGGUGAACCGACGACGACGUCCACGAUGGCGACGGCCACGGGCUUCACCGUCGCGGAGGGCCUCCCCGCGAGCCUCUCGCUCUCGCCGAGUGAGUUCCUGGCCGCACGGCCGCACAUCCAUCGGCUGAUGGCUGCGUGCAUGGUGUUUCGUCGGGGCGGUGGCGAGGACCGGGAGCAGCAGUGUCAACACCACCAAGAACAAGAAGAGGAGCAGCAGCAGCAGCAGCAGCAGCAGCAAGAGCAACAGCAGCAAGCACCGCCCCUCCAAACCCUCCUCAUCCGCCGCGCCGCAUCAGACUCCUACCCCCUCAAGUGGGAGAUCCCCGGCGGCAGCGUCUCCACCGCGCGCGACGCCUCCGUCCUGCACGCCGCGGCGCGCGAGCUGCGCGAGGAGACGGGCCUGCGCGUGGCGCGCUUCCACUGCCCGCUGGGCAUGGUGCCGGCGCCUCUUCCUGCCAACCCUCCUCCUGCCACGGCUGGGGUUGCUGCUGCUGCUUCUUCUUCGUUGGGGCAUGAGGAUGAGGCUGGGAAUGGCAAUGGGAUUGGGUGCGAGGAUGGGAAUGGGAACGGGGACGAGCGGCUGUCGUCGCCGCCGGGCCUCGGCAUCGCCCCGGAAGAGGAACACGCCCGCCAAGAACCCCACGACGAGGCCCUAACCGUCACGUUCUGGGAGACGGGCCGCCGGUGGGGCAAGGUGAGCCUGCUGGUGGACGUGCGGGAGGACGUGGCGCGCAUCCCCUCGCGCGGGCGCAUACCCGACCGCGACGUCGCCCCUGCGGCGGCGGCGGCGGCAGCAGCAGCAGCGACACCAGCGCCAGCAGUUGCCAACGAGGAGGCCGGGCCGUCGCCGCCCACAAUCGUCAUGGACCCCCGCGAGCACGAGGAAUGGGCCUGGCUCACCGAGGAAGAGGUCCGGCGCGGGGCGGACGCGCGGGGCCGGCGGAUGGAGUACACGAGCGAGGGGGUGUGGAGGGGGAUACUGGCUGGGUUCGCGGCGAGGCGGGCGCUGCUGGACGAGGCGGGGGAGCAGAAGUAG